AUGGCCUCAUCGAGUAAGAAAAAGUGCAGGCAGUAUAGCAUGGACUAUUUGCGAUAUGGCUUUAUUCAAUUUCCAUCUAAUAAGCAGUUACCACUGUGCUUGCUCUGUGAACAAAGUUUUUCCAACAAGGCCAUGAAGCCUUCCUGUCUUAUUAAACAUUUGGAAAAGAAACACAGUGACAAAAGGGACAAAGAUUUGGCAUAUUUUCAAACAUUAAAGAAUAAAUUCAAUCAGCAACCAACGAUUUCCACUGCUUUUUCAAAGAUGGGAGCCACAAAUGUGGAUGGCCUUGUGGCAUCAUACAACAUAGCGAAGCUAAUUGCAAAAUGUGGUAAACCUCAUUCCGUGGGUGAAUUGUUGAUGCUUCCAGUUAUUGCCGAAGUAUUAUCAACCGUGCUACAUCAGGAACCAUCAAUGACUAUCAAGCGUAUUCCUCUUAGCAAUGAUUCCGCGAGAAGGUGCAUUGAUGAAAUGGUCUCAAAUGUUGAGGAUUAAUUAUGUUCCCUUUUGAUAUUGAAAUAAAUCACCUUACAAAUUAAUGAAAGUACUAUAUGCGGAAAUCAAGCUUUACUUUUGGGGUACGUAUGUUUCAUCGACAAAAAUGAAAUACGAGAAGAACUACUUUUUGCUCUGGAUCUACUGACAGAUACCAAAGGUAAGACCAUCUUUGACUGUGUCAAGGAUUAUUUUAAUAAAAAGUCUGUUCCCCUCAAAAACAUUUAUGCUUGUGCUAUGGAUGGCGCGCGUGCUAUGACUGGUCAACAUCAGGGAUUUGUCAUAUUACUAAAGAGAGAAGUGCCACAUGUUUUCACAGUACACUGGAUUAUCCAUCGGCAGCAUCUGGCUGCAAAGAAACUUAGUGAAGCCUUCUCUCUACAAGUGGCAAUAGAUGAGGUAAAUUAUAUAAAGCGACAUGCUCUGAAUGAAUCACUUCUCUGCCAACUCUGUAAAGAUAAUGAAGAUGAAUUUCUGCAAUUGCUGCUACACACAGAAGUGAGAUGGCUCUCGAAAGGAAUAUGCCUCAAUUGUUUCCAUGAACUGUUCAAUUCUAUCAUCAAAUUCCUACACAGAAGUAAUGAAAACCUUUGUAUGAAAGCCGAAGCCGUAAAACACAACUGCAUAUCUUGGGGAUAUAUUCUGAUAAGUGCAAUUCAGUGA